CAUCAUUUUGGCAAAGGGUAUUCUUUUCUUUUUAUUGACCUAAAAAAGAGGGAAAAAAAGAGAUAUUUCUAAUGGCGGAAGAGUAUCGAUUACCUGACGAUUAUCUGUUAAUGGCAGACGAGUUCAUGCCUUUUACGAUAGAAAAGGCGAUCGGCACAUUCCAGCACACUUGGGAGAUCGACAAUUGGUCUACGAUUACUCAACAUACUAAAUUAUUAGGACCUACCUUUCAAACAGGCGAUUGUGCAUGGAAUGUAUUAUUAUAUCCAAAUGGCAAUGAUGCCCCAGAUCAGAUCUCUUUAUAUCUAGAAAAUGCAGACAUGAAGAAUGAAACUCGAGAAAACGAUAUAUGUGCGCAAGUCAUGUUGUGUAUUGUACAUCCAACAGACCCUACAAAGUUUGUUCGACAGGUUUUCCAACAUAGGUUUAGUAAAAAUGAACCGGAUCGUGGCUAUUUAAAUUUUCUUGAUUUGAAGAUGUUGAUGUCGGGUACGGAAAAAGGUGGGCCGCUUGUCAUAGAUGAUGCGGUAAAAAUCGUAGUGAUCGUUCGCCUUUUUGAAGAUCCUACAGGUGUAUUAUGGCACAACUUUAACGAUUAUGACUCCAAGGAGGUAACAGGAUACGUAGGAUUGUUCAAUCAGGGUGCUACAUGCUAUAUGAAUUCAUUAUUCCAAUCUCUUUUCUUCACCAAUUUCUAUCGAAAAGCUGUGUACCAAAUACCGACAGAAAAUGAUGACCCGCAUAACAGCAUUGCACUAGCACUCCAAAGACUAUUUUACAACCUACAAUUCUCGAAAACCGCAGUUUCCACCAUAGAACUAACAACAUCGUUUGGAUGGAAUUCAAUUGACUCUUUUAUGCAGCAUGAUGUGCAAGAAUUCAACAGAUUACUACAAGACAAUAUCGAAAAGAAAAUGAGAGGAACCCCAGCCAAUGAUUCUAUAAAACAACUAUUCGUAGGUAGGAUGAAAAGUUAUAUAAAGUGUUUGAAUGUGGAUUACGAGUCUUCAAGAUCUGAGGAUUUCUAUGAUAUUCAGUUGAAUGUGAAAGGAUGUAAAGAUUUACUGGAGUCGUUUAAAACAUACAUAUCCGAGGAAAUAUUAGAAGGGGAUAACAAAUACAUGGCUUCGGUGCAUGGAUUGCAGGAUGCUAAAAAGGGUGUCAUUUUCGAAAGUUUUCCUCCUGUGAUUCAUCUACAAUUAAAACGAUUUGAAUAUGAUAUGAUGAAGGAUAGUAUGGUCAAGAUAAAUGAUCGACAUGAAUUUCCUGCCGAAAUCGAUUUAGAACCCUUUUUAUCAGAUUCUGCAGAUAGAUCUGAGUCCCAUAAAUAUGCAUUACACGGUGUAUUAGUACAUACAGGAGAUCUCAGCGGUGGUCAUUAUUUUGCAUUUGUUCGACCUACCAAAGAAAAUAAAUGGUUUAAAUUUGAUGAUGAUCGUGUAACGCCAGCGUCUUUAAACGAAGUUUUUGAAGAUAAUUUUGGUGGAGAAACAAAAAACGUGCAUCCAAACUACAAGCCUGUGAAAAGAUUUACAAAUGCAUACAUGCUGGUUUACAUUCGAGAAACUCGGCAAGAUCAAAUACUGGAAGAUGUGACACAAAAAGAUAUACCUGCUCAUUUAGUGGAGCGGAUCUGUCAAGAACAGGAGGCAUUAAAAAUGCUCCUAAAACAACGCGAAGAGCAGCAUUUAUACGUCCAAGUGUUUAUUGUGAGCGAUGCAAGCUUUUUAUCAAAUACUGGAGCUCAAUGGAUUUCCGCUGUCGACCACGAGUCGAUACCAGCUGUACAGAGUAAAGUUGCUCUCAAAACACAAACAUUGAGACAACUGUUAGAAGAAUAUGCAACGGAAUUUGGCGCGAGACCCGAGCAUUUAAGGUUAUGGAAUGUCGCAAAUAGAAAAAAUGGCAAUGUGCAACUUGAUAGUUUAUUUUCAGAUGCAGACCUUGAUCUUUCUAUCGAAGACGUCUGCCGUCCAGUUCCUAAUUAUCCUUUUUUAAGAGUUUAUGUCGAAACUGCAAGUAAUGGAUUUCCUUUGUUUCCGUUACCAAAUUCAAAUGCAGUAUUAGUGUUUAUUAAAUUAUUUGAUCCGAUAUCUCAGUCGUUAAGAGGCGUAGGAAGAUUAUACGUGACAAGAAAUAGUCAAAUAGGGACUAUUGUGGAUAGCUUGAAUCAAAUGGUUGGCUUCCAGACAGGAACAGUCCUGGAUGUUUAUGAAGAAGCUCAACCUCAUACAGCUGAGAAGUUAGGUUUGAACUGGACUUUCGAUGACUACAAGAUAGGAAAUGGUGAUAUAUUAUGCUUUCAAGAAAAACUAAGUCAAGAAAGAAUUGAAUAUUUCCACGCUAAUGACAUGUAUUCCAAUGCUCCGGAUUAUUUAUUAUAUUUGUACAAUCGUAUCACUGUGUUUUUUGCGUCGAAAGAUGAUCCAUUCAAUGCUUUUCCUGUUGCUUUGCGUCAGGAUAUGCUCUAUGAUGAUGUGACUAGACAACUUGCGCUUAUUCUGGAAUGUGAUCCAAAUUAUUUAUUAUUGGUCUUACCGGAUUGUUAUGGACACCCAAAAAAAGCUCAUAGACAAACAAAAUUUACUACAUUGUCAGAUUUACUGAUGCUCAUUCCUCAGCAGAAGAAUACAAAUGACGAUCUGUAUGUACCUCGAUUAUACUAUGAAUUGCUUCCUAUAAGUCGGACGGAGUAUGAAACCAAGAAACUGAUCAGGCUUAAUUUUUGCUCAUCAGCACUAAAUCAAAUUCAAGUGAUGAAGUUUUAUCUGCCAAAACUUGCUAGGAUCUCCAGUUUAUAUUCAGCGAUGGAAACACAAAACCCUAUGCGUAUAUUUCAGGUGGUUGAUCAUAAACUAGUAAAAGUUUUUACCGGUACUGAUAUUAUUCCUGACGACGAAUCAGACUUGUUUGCAGAAACUAUACCUGAGGAAGAAUCGAACAUGGGUGAAGAUGAUUUCUAUAUUUCAGUUUUUCAUUAUCAAAAGGAAUUGAAGCAAACACAUUCUGUUCCCUUCACGUUUUUGGUAAUAAAGGAUGAAAGACUUCAUGAGACCAAACUUAGAUUACAGGAAAGAUGUGGCUUGCCUGACCAAGAAUGGGAUAAAGUAAAGAUCAAUAUUAUAACAAGGUUUAAUAUUACAACUUUAAAAGAAGAUACUUAUAGGCUUAGCGAUCACCAUUUUAAAUCCGAUGAUACCCUUGGAUUAGACCAUACUGAUCCUUGGGGAAGAUACAAUGCUUCUGCUACGGAUAGAGGAUUAUAUAUUAAAGACUAAAACAAAGCAAAAGUGCAUAUGUAUAAUAAAUGUUAGUUUCCAAGUUCUGCCUUUUUUUGUAUACUAAACUAACGAUCAAUUCUAUCCAAAGUAUACACAAGAUGUUAUACACACACCAAUAUACAUUAUUAGUGUUUCCUUCUAUUUCUUUCUCUUUUUCCUGUUUUACUAUUUUUUCGGCUCUUCCCCUUUCUCUCAUUUCUCAACAUGAUGCUUUUCAAGAUUGUGGUACUUGGUGAUGGUGGUGUUGGAAAG